GCAUCAACCAAUUCAAGAGCCUCAGUCUACCCCUAUAAACCACACAGAGGCAGCUGAAAUGGAUGACGGCUUUUACGUGGAUGAAAUGUCUGAAAAUUGCAGAAAGAUGGGAUGUCUUCUCGGUGACGGACAAAGGAAACACACUCACCCAGAGAAGCAGCGUUUCUUUGGUAAAGCCAGUAUGAGGGGUUUGAUAGAACGCUUGAAUAUCUACACGGGCGUAUCACCUGUCACCCUUUUAAGCGGAAAAAGACCUCAAUAUUGGCAGGAAGAUUUCGUCCUCGACGAUGUACCUUCCCAUCCAACAGCAUCUUAUACCGACAACGACUUUGGUCCGAAUGAUUUAGUGAAAGAACUAAUUGAUUUAUACUUUGAGAAGGUCAACAGUACACUUCCAUUACUCAAUAAGAAGCGAUUCAAGAAUGAAAUUUCCCAUAGAAAAUACGAACGGGGGUUUGGAACUCUUUUGAUUUUGAUUUGUGCAUUAGGCGCUCAAUAUUCCAACGAUGAACGUGUUAUGGUUGAAGGCCACCAACAUCAAUUUCUAGCUGGUUUUAGAUACUACAGUAUUGCUAAAAGUAAGAUGUUAGACCCCGUGAUGGAUGUGGCCACGAUUGAAGACAUACAGGCCUUAAUUUUAUUACAAAUAUACGUACAAAAAGGUAUGCACUCUCGAAGUGGUUGGAUGAUUCAUGGUACUUCAAUAUUAUUGGCACAAGAUAUUGGAUUACACCUACGUUGGCUUAACGCCAACAUUGAACCUUACGAUUUGGAACUACGUAAGAGGGCCUUCUAUUCGCUCUAUUUGAUGGAUCGUGUGCAAGCUUCGUCUUUUGGCAGACAAGUUUUGCUGAAGGACAAUGAAAUUAGUGUGGAUUUGCCAGAAAUCUACGGCGAUGAAGUUCAAGAUAUGUCUACUAAUUACAGUCUUCUAUAUUUUAAACAAUUGAUACAACUGUAUAAGAUACACGGUCAGAUCAUACAGACCAUAUACAAACUCCGGAAGACGUCUAAUGGCGAUGACUUGCUUAUCACAUUGACAGAUAUUGCCUCACUUAAUUCGAAGUUGAACAAAUGGCUUACCGAAUUGCCCAAACAACUAUUGGACGGUAGAGACGGAAAGGAUGAGUUUGUCUUCCAGUUGUUCUGCAACCUGAAAUUAGCUUUCCAUGUUGUGCAGAUCCAUCUUUACAAGACAUUCCUCCCUGACCCAAGAUCAAAAACUACUUCAAGCUUCCGCUUCACCAGUUUGGUAAUUUGCGCAAACUCUUCACGUAGUAUCAUAUCAAUAUAUCGUAAUCUGAUCCUUGAGAGAGGCAUGCAACAUCUCUGGGUUGAUCCGAUGGUAGCAUGGGGUCCCUUCAGUGCUACGUUAAUCCUUAUUAUAAGCGCAUGCGAAAGUAUGAAAAAUGACUUUGACGCGUCUGUCUUGGAGUAUAUACAAUCAGGUAUACAAAUACUACGUGUUAGAGAAGAACGUGAAAUUCUUAACGGUCGUGCGGUAGAUAUGAUCAUGCAAAUUCUCAAGUCUGCUAAUCUCCCAAUGGAUCCAUCAUUUAUGCAAGCUCAGGAGAAUUUAUCAUAUGGAACAUCGUCAGCAGAUUACUUCUUGCCACACUUACCCUUCCUGGAUACACCACCAAAUCAAACAGAAAACGAACAACUGUUCGAGGAUCUACUUGGACAAGCACAAUUUCAUUCGGUCGAUGCGGCAUCUUUGGGCAUUGGCGGGACGCCUCCGCUGGAUAACGUAAUGCCAGAUACGACUCAGGAUUGGUCAAAUGUUUUAGGCGCCUUCCUUAGCGGUGGAGGAACUUUAUAGACUUCUUU